AUGCGGGUGGGGGCCAGGGAGGCAGUAGGGGUCGGGGUGAUGGGGGGAGCCAAGGACGAUGGGGUGAUGGACCCAGGGAAAGCAGUGGGAGCUAAGGAUGAUGCGGCCCCUGGCCGCGGCCAGAGCGGCUCUAACGCGGGGCAGCAGCCGGAGACUGACGCGGGCGCUGCUCCCCGCUCGGCCCCGGGGGACCUGCCCGGGGCGCUGCAGGAACCGGAGCCGGGAACGUGUCGCCCUCGUUAUCCCCCAUCCCCGGCCCUGUGCCCGGGGGCGGCUCCUGCCCGGGCUGGAAGCGCCCCGCGCUGGGCCGAGCCCCGGCGGCUAUUCCGGGGCACAGGAAGCGGCGGGGGGAGAUCGGUGAGAUCAGAUCCUGCGCAGCUGCCGGGCGUGGGGAGCCGAGCCCGGGCUCUGCCCCGCUGCGGAGUGUGGCCAGGCCAGCCCAGCCCGGCCGGACUCUCUCCCUGGCCGGGACUAGCCCCGGGGAAGCCCCGGGCUCUGGAGACAUCAACGCCUGAGUGGAGACUGCAGGGGCCGGUGACCUUCGCGGAGGUGGCUGUGUAUUUCACCAAGGAUGAGUGGGCUCUGCUGGACCCCGCUCAGAGAGCCCUCUACAGAGACGUCAUGCAGGAGAACUAUGAGAAUGUGGCCUCGCUGGGGUUUCCCAUUUCCAAACCUGAUGUGAUCUGCCAGCUGGAACUAGGGAAAGAGCCAUGGGUCCCAGAUCUUCAGGGCUCAGAGGAAAAAGAGCUCCUGAGAUGCGCCAACACGGCAGGUGAUGGGAUGGUGAGGGAGAAUGAGGAGCAAGUGGAACUAUCUGGGGCGUUAUUGCAAAGAUUCAAAGGGACUGUGCCCAGGAGUUCUGAACAGGGAAAAGCCUAUGAGAGUCAGCACAGGCCAGAGAGUCAGCAGGGAAACCAACCAGGGCAAAAAGUGGGUAAAUCCAUUAAUUGUCAGGAAACUCAUGAGGACCUCAAGGAAACCACAGCCCAGCAGAGAAUCCCUACAGGCGAGAGAAACAACACGUGCACGGAGUGUAGGAAAACCUUCAGUAGCCGUUCAAGCCUUAUUACACAUCAGCGGAUCCACACAGGAGAGCGACCCUAUAACUGCUGUGAGUGUGGGAAAAACUUCAGUCGGAGCUCAACCCUUAUUACACAUCAGAGAAUCCACACAGGAGAGAGACCUUAUGGAUGCGGUGAGUGUGGCAAAACCUUCAGUCAGCGGUCACAUCUUAUUACGCAUCAGAGAAUCCACACAGACGACAGGCCCUAUGAAUGCUGUGAGUGUGCAAAAAACUUCAGUAUGAUCUCACACCUUAUUAGACAUCAGAGGAUCCACACAGGAGAGAGGCCUUAUGAGUGCUGUGAGUGCAGGAAAACCUUCAGUUACCGAUCAGGCCUUAUUACACAUCGGCGAAUCCAUACAGGAGAGAGGCCCUAUGGAUGCUGUGAGUGCGGGAAAACCUUCAGUCAGAGCUCACACCUUAUUACACAUCAGAGAAUCCACACAGAAGACAGGCCCUAUGAGUGCUUUCAGUGCAGGAAAACCUUCACUCGACAUGCACACCUUAUUAGACAUCAGCAGAUCCACACAGGAGAGAGACCCUAUGAAUGCUGUGAAUGCAGGAAGAACUUCACUCGGAGCUCACAUCUUAUUACACAUCAGAGGAUCCAUACAGGAGAAAGACCCUAUAGAUGCUCCGACUGUGGGAAAAGCUUCCAUCAGAGCUCAGCUCUUAUUUAUCAUCAGAGAAUCCACAAGGGAGAUAAAAACCAUAAAAACUUUGUCUAG